CGCGCGGGGCUGUCGCCAACAUGGCGGCCAAGGUGGCAAAGCUGGCAGCUCUUUCUUCUGGUCUGCCACUUGCGUGUAUUACUGUAUAUGCAGCGACAGAAAAGGAAUCAAAAGGUCAGCUGGUGAAGCCAAAUCAGCUUCCAAUUUACUGUCCACCACCUCUGAAAUUGAAAUACAUUGAAGAACAGCCUGGUCACUUGCAGAAGCAAUUGUCUUCAGUAAGACAGGCAACCGGCCGCUAUAUUGGAUGGUGCAAGGAUGCUUUUGUCUUUGUUAAAAAUGGAAUAAUGGAUUCAAUUCAGUUUGGAAAAGAUGCUUAUGUUUACCUGAAGAAUCCACCCCCAGAAUUUCUUCCCAAAGUUGGUGUAAUUACAAUAUCAGGCUUAGCUGGCAUAGUGCUGGCAAGAAAAGGUUCUAGGUUUAAGAAAAUUGCUUAUCCCUUGGGACUUACAACUUUAGGAAUUUCUGUUUGUUACCCAGCUCAGUCAGUGGUAAUUGCCAAGGUAACAGGGAAGAAGCUGUUUUCUGCAAGCCAUCAAACCUAUGAAGCCGUGCGAUCACUGUGGGCAGAAAAGGAAGAUGUCACCAAGCUGCAGCAAGAGUCAAAAUCAAUUACGCAAGAAGAUAAGAAAGACAUUUCUAGUACAAAACCUGAGUCUGCUAUUGAGUCAAGAUCAUUUAGCAGAACAGAAUCCUCUCCAGUUGAGUCUUGGAGUAAUAAAGAUCCAGUGCCUUCAUCAGGAACAGUGAAGACACCAAAAUUUAAGCCUGAUCCAAAACUUAUGGACCAUGCUCUGGAAUUAAGUGCAACUUCUUACUGGUCUGAAUACCCUUAAAAAGUCAGUUGUUACAUCAUGUGAAUAGCAUUAUUGUUAGUGCUUGUAUAAACAAGUCACUUUUUUUCAUUGCAAAGUCAUUUGUUGUUUGCCUCUUUCACAAAGGUGAAUGGAAACAACUUUGUGUCCUGCAUGCAACUUGUGUAUUUAAAUGUCACUUAAGUUGGGAAAAACCACAAAACUAAUCUCUAAAACAUCCUUUAUAGACUAUGCAUUACUUUUCACCUACUUCUAAUAUCACCUACUUCUAAUACCUUGAAGAACUGUAUGCAAAUUGCUUAAUCCACGAAACUGAUACUGUUUGAAUUUCUGUAGAGUGCAUUAGCAAUGUUUGGGAAGUUGGAAACCUUCUGUAGUUUUGAGGUUUAAAGUGCUGACAAAUAUUAAAAAUGCAGAAGUAAUAGGCAGCCAACUUUUUCUUCCCAGAAGUUUGUAUGCAAUACCCAUUGAUCUUGGUAGGAUUUCUGUGAAAUUCUGUCUUUUUCCAUAAGAAUGAAAUUAGAAAUUGAUUAAGUUUCCUAGGAUGAAACUUGAAACACUGCUUUUAUCAUUGUGUGUAUCGCUCUACUUGUGUUCAUCCUCCAUUUCUCUUCAAAACACUCUUACAGGGGUUGGAAUAGGUGUGGUGGUCUUCCUUGAACAAAGUGCAACUCCUUAUCAGUACACAAUGAUAAUCAGCCCGCUGCCUAGAGGUGAUCUCAUCUCUGUCUACUGUGGCACUUCCCUAACAUACAAACUGCAAAAGGACACUCUGCUCGUAGUUUGUCCUCUGAUCUGUUGAAUUCUGUUAUCUUUCAGUUAAUGAAAAUACGUGCUUUGUUGUAAAGUUGAGGGGGGAAGCAAGAACAAACUAUACAAACAGAGAGUUUGGUUGGAAGACUUAAACCUGAAAAGAAGUGCUGCUUCAUAUGAAUAUAUUCUCAGCACUGGCAUACGAAGAGAUACUUGCUCCUGCUCUCCCUAAGAAGAGGUUUCACUACCUGAUUCCUUCUUCUGAGGCUGCUAAUGCAAAAGCAAAUGACUAGUGAAGUACAGACAAACAGUAUUCCUAGUGUCACUGUGGGACUAGUAGAAGUUUUGAGGAGGUACUGCACAAUGGAAAGUGCACAAGGCACAAAUGAUGAAUAAGCAAAAGAGUAAGUAAGGCUUUUAUGGUGGUUCAGAAACAGAUAAGUACUGAUGCCUUGGAAUCCAAAUUUCAGGCAGUGUUGGACUUUGUUAUACACAGUCCAAUGGAAGGUGAAGUCAGUAAAUGUGAAGUUUAAAGAAGAAGAAUUCUAUUAGUUAAACUUGCUUGGGACAGCUGACUUAGAAUUUAAUGUGUUUUGUUUCUUUAAUCAUCUCUUAAGGGCCAGGAAACUGUCAGAAUUCAGGCAGCAAUCAGAGGAUAUUAAAUCAAUCUUCACAGAGCUCCUGGACGAGACACGUUUAGUGUUCCAUCACAGAGAGAGGAGUAGAAAAAUUAGAUGGCUGGGCUUCAUAUACUGUUUCCAGGGAAACUGAUGAAGACGUAAGGCAGGAAGUAAAAAUGGUGAAGAAAUGAUCAUUUUCAAGUGCAAGACUGGAUGGCAGAAAUUGUAUUAUCUAUCUCCGUUUCUGGCCCUUUGAUCAGAUUCUGGAUAAAAAACAUAAAGAAAAAAACAUCUGCUCUACUCCUAAAUUCUAUUUAAAUUCUAACUUAUGUCCUUUGAGUGAUAUGCUACCACGACAAGUCAACAAGAAAGGUAAGAUGAUGCAGGUUUGCAUGGAAUUUGUAGGAGUUCACUGUGAUGACAUUUUUCAGUACGCAGUGGGAAACUGUGCACAGGAAUUAGUCUUCUGGGAGCAGGGAGAGAAGCUGCCCUGGAUAGCUGUUAAGGAACAAGCAUGUCUGCCCUUUCCAGGCAAGAGCAGGCCUUAAAAGACUGCCCGCUACCUGCGGUGCCAAAAGCUAGUCUGGCCCUUUCCAUGCGUUAAAGGCAUUACCACUCAAACCUCGUGAUACCAAUGAAAGUGUCUGGUCUGCAGAAGGUACACUGGACUCCUUGGUGGUUAGGCAGUCAAGAAUGAAAUGUUUCAUGUGAGCUGUUUGUAUGACAACCCCUGAUGUUACAAGAAGGUCAUGCUGUAAAUGGACAUGAUGCACAAAGCUGUCCCUAGGCUGUAUUUUAGUCUCAAAUUACUCCUUAGGGCAAAACUGUAAUAGAACUAUGCCUCAGAGUUAAAUCGUCAUUCAGAAGUCUUAGAUACAUUUUCUGGGACGUAACUUAAAAUUAUGGCUCCUACCCUCUUUGAUGAGUGAACAGUAUGAGGAAUACAGUUCUAGAGCCCAUAAAAUGGUAUCUCUGUGCUGUGUCAUUUCUUCUUGGUGGACGAGAGGAGUGAGCCAGCGCAGGUUUAUUCCAGUACAGGGUUUGUGUACUACUGUCGCUUUUUAGUUUGGUUUUUUGGUCAGUUGAGGCUUCUCUGUCUCAUUCUUCUCUACAAGAGAGGGUAAUUUUUUUAUUGUUUGUUUUCUACCAACAGUUCUUGUUUAAUAGCCUGACACAGUUAAAAAGCUGAGACUAAAAUUUGAGGCUUGGGUUUCAGCACUGAAACACAAAUAUAGCUAUAAGAUGACUGUUUCCCUAUCUGCAGCCAAAGAAAACGAGAGAGAAAAUGUAUGAAAAGUUUUGUAUCCUGUCUGGGUGUGUUCUCUGCUUUCAGAAAGACCGUAAGCAAUCUCUCACUUGGUAUUUCUCUGUCCUGGAGAAUAGAUUUAUUGAUAGUGGGAAGGAAUUUUUUAAUGAAACCUGGAAUAUGAUAUAGUAUAAUAGUUCUUUGAUAAUAUACGCUUCUAUUAGCAUCAGUCAUCGUCUUGUCCACCCAUGUGAGACACAUGAUGAGAGAAAUUUCUAGAGGUAGCAAAAAAGAUGCAGGUUAUUAUAAAGAAGUUUGGAAUGUAUUUGCAGAAAUGAAGGCAGCCCAAAUCAGAUUACUAAUCUGCUCUGCUACAAAUACUGGAAUGGUGACUGUGAAUCUUUAUUACUCAGCUGCCAUUCUGAGAAGUGUUUCUUUGUCAAAUCUAAAAAGGUGCCUGCCGUCUUCAGUUCAGACAUCUGAAGCUCCACGUUUUAUAUAAUACUCUACAGAUAGCUUUUUCCAGGUAACUACAGGGAACUGUAGCCACAUCUCUGUAUUAAUAAUUUGUAGUAAAGGUGCUAUGCAAUGGCUUUAAAAAAGCAAAUUCGAAUCUACAUUAUGCCAUGCUUGUGAGUCCUCAUUUUAAAUAGAUGUGCCUGACUUGAUCUCUAAGAUUUCAGACCCAGUACGCAAACCUGUUAAACAAUGAAAAAUUAACAUAAGUGCACAGGAAAAAGUUGCAUUGCAAGACAUGGUUUUGUUAAUUUACAGUGAAACACUUUGAAAUGCCUCUCAAUUGUAUCAUUAAUAGCCACCUGAAAGUUCAAUAUGGUUUCUUUCAUAAUGCAAUAAUACAGUAGCAUAAUUAAGAAUGUAUACUGUAACUUUUAUAUGGUGUAAGUUACAUAUUUUUAAAAAAUCCAAUGUCUUAAAGAACUGGGUCACAUGAUGAUUUUUAUAAUAUAGACAUAUUUUUAAUUUAAUGCAUGUUUUUUAUUUAUGAUUGAUUGUAUUUGUUAUAUAGAGAUUUGGAACUUGUUGAUAUUAAUUUUAUUUACA